CUUCCUUUUUUCUAAUCGUCACUAGGAAUCAGACGCUCGUCCAUUCCUCUGCUUAUACAUACAGCACAAGAAACUCCUAUUAAUUCCAAUUCCAAUUCCAAACCCUAAAUUGAAAGACUAGAUCUCACAACAAUGGAAGAAGAUGGCGUUGCGGAUGAGCAUUCUCACAACUUCAUCCAACAACGAGGACAAGAGCAAGAACACCAAAAGUCAAGUGGGUUUUUGAAGAAUUUCAUUUCCAACAUGGCGUCCUCAGAGGGAACUGACGAGAAGAAAACGGAUCAUGAAUAUCAAGAAAAUGGAGAAAAGUCAAGCGGGUUUCUGAAGAAUUUCAUGUCGAACAUGGUCUCUGCAGAGGAAAAUGAAGGGAAAACAGACCAAGAAAAGGAGGAAGAAGAAGAAGGAAAGACAAAUGGGUUUCUGAAGAAUUUCAUCUCAAAUAUUGUUUCUGGAGAGGAAACUGAAGAAAAAGCGGAGGAGGAAGAAGAAGAAGGAAAGGAAAAUGGGUUUCUGAAGACUUUCAUGUCGAACAAAGUAAAUGAAGGGGAGAGAGAAGAGAAAACAGAGGUAGAAGAAGAAAAGGGAGGGGGUUUUUUGAGGAAUUUCAUUUCAAACAUGGUGUCUUCAGAAGGAAAUGAAGAUGAUGAUGGUAAGAUGGCAAGCAAUGACAUGGUUUCUCAAAAAACAGGUGAAGAAGAAAGAGACAAAAGCAGCGGUUAUAAGUCGGUUGAAGAAAAGGGCGGCGACAACGGCAGUGGCGGUGGAGGUGGAGGUGGAGGCAUUAUAGACAACAUUGUCUCACAUUUACCUGCUUCACUUCAAGGUGAUGCAGUGACAACAUCAGAUGAAGCAGCAAUUCUGAUCCACUCAAUUAUCCACGAAUGAAAGUUUCUUGGGUUUUGAUUUUGUUUUGUGUUCAUAGGUUUUGUUUUGUUUUUUUUUCUAUGUAAAUUUAAGUUUGAUGUGUUUUUGAUUGAUUGGGACGUGUACUCUUUAUUUUUUGUAAAACAGAGUACAUAAGAAACAAUGGGUUGUAGGGGUAAGAGAAAGAAGAUGCAGAAAAUCAGGAAAUUUGACUAUGAAAAUGUAGUUUAAUCUUUAUUUAUUAACAAUGGAUUUGGUGUUUUGUUGGAUGGAACGCUUCUAUAGAAAGAAAGGGAUUUAAAAUA